UGACGAAUGCGCAUGUGCAAUUGUUUGUUUACACUGGAUUCCAAAUUUAGAUUUCGAGAUGGCCGGGAAAAAGGGAAAGAAAAAGACCCCACCUCCCCACAUCAAUCCGGCACUCGUCCCCAGUGCAGCGUUCACGAUAGUUCCACGUACACCAGCUCCUGUUACCCCGCGCGGAGCUGCCCUUGAAGGCUCUCUGGAAGUGCUGAACUCAUCUCUACUUGGACGCCAACCACCCCGGGAUUCAGGGCCUGAUGAGGAGCCGUUCAGCGACCCAGAGAGCAGUCUCUAUGACUACCAGAACAUGGAAGAUGCUGGGUAUUCAUCAGUUGAGAUGCUGUCUGUGUCGAGAAAGAGGAGAAGUCGUGGCAAUCGAGAGCAUGACAUUGAAGAGCACCAACAAGCCCAAAUGGCAGGAGUGCUAUCGUCUCCAGGCCCGCAGCAGAACUCUGAGGCACUGUACUCCAUGCCUGUGAAGCGAGGCCAGCGCCAAUCGUCCUCUCAGACCCUAGAUACGACCAUUGAGGUCCAUGACGCCAUGAGACGGGUCCACGACCAGUCUUCCGAGGAUGAGGGGCGUGCUCAGGACAAGCCCCACCGUCCCACAAGAAAGCAGCCCAGUGCCCGUAGUCUGCAUUUCCCAGUGGAACAUGAGAUCACAAUCAAAGAGAGGCAUAUCAGAUCUUCUGCCAGCACCCCUGCAGAAACUCACAAAUCCCAAAAAUCACGAGGUAGCCACAUUGAGGAGCAAAUUGUGCGCAAUGAGGUUGUUGUAGCCUCUAACAGCUCUCCUCCACAAUUAGAUAUGGACGCUGCUGAUGGGCCAGACACGGUUAGGUCAAGGUCGUUGUCGGGGCGCAGCGUCGUCAAGGAGACAGAGCGGCUGCGUUCCCUGGAGGCCGAGAGGGAGCACCUAGCCACGCUGACCCACCAGCUGGAGAACGAGGUGCAGACCUACAGGGAGGUGGUUUCCACCUACGAGACCGGAGACCCUGCCUCUGCUGCCUCGAUGCUGGCCCAGAAACAGAUCAGCGACCUUAAGGAAGAGAACGAGUCCCUGAAGAACUCUAUCAAACGUCUGCACGUGGAACUGAGCUCCUACCAGGCAAAGUACCGCCCACCAAAUGGGGUGAAACAGGGAGAGAUGAGUGGUCUUCCAUCGGAGGGACCGCCGCCAUCUUGGCUGUUCAAUAUUCGCUACCUGAACCCCCUGUUCCUGGCGUACGACGACCGCAUCAGAGAGAGGGAGGACACUAUCAGGAAGUGUCAGGCAGACCUUGAGGCGUUACGUCUGCGUACUGAGGCCAUCGUGAAGGAGAACGAGAGGUUACACUCCAGACUAGAAAACACACCCAACGGUCCUGUGGACUUACUUGAAUGGGAGCAGAUGAAGGACAAUGCAAGGCUAGUACUGGAAGAGAACCAGAACCUUCUAGAACAGAUCAGCGUUAAGGACCAGAAAACACAUGACCUGCAUCAGGCUCACCUCAGAGAAGUUGGAAAACUAUCAAAGCAGGUGUCGACCUUGAAAACAGAGAAAGAAGAGGUAACAAAAGAGUUGGAGGACUUGAAGGCGUCUCAUCGCACGCUGAAGCUGGCCCAUGACAGACUCGUGACAGAGUCACAGGGGCACAUAACUCAGGAGCAGCACAUCAAGGAGGUCGCAGAUUUGAAGAAGAAGAUGACAGAGCAGGAGGACAGCCACAGGCGUGACCUGGACGCUGCGCAGGCUAAGCUGCAGGGGGCCAUUGUGGAGAGGAAGUCGCUAGGCAACCAGGUGAUCGAGCUCACCACGGAACGGAAACGCCACCAGAUAGAGGCACGACUCAUGCACAAGUCUGUCAGACAUGCCCAGCAGCGUAUGAUGCUGCUCCAGCGAGCCAUAGAGCAGUCUGCCAACAAGGAGAUGUCUGUACAGGAGUACUUGUCUUCACUUAUCAAAGUGGCAGAGAAGAGUGCCUUCGAAAGAGACACAUAUGAAAAAGUGGCCAAGGAACAUGAAAUAGAAACCAAGAAGGCCAUGAAAAAACUUCUACAAGGAUCCCUUACUGUGGGAAAAAUGGAAGAAAAACUCAAGCUCUACAAGAUGAGGGCAGCUGCCAGGAUAGGCACAGUUGCAGAAAGGAUGAAGGAGCAGGAGGAGGUGUUCAACUCGCAGAAGAGGGAAUAUGAAAGGGAGAUAAGUCACCUGCGAAACAUCAUUCGGGAGAAGGAAGACCUCAUACAGGAGGCAGCGGUCGACAAACGAGACCUAGAGGAGCAAAUGGAGGCAGUUUGGCAGUCAGCCAACUCUGAGAACGUACGAAUACGUGAGGACAUGCACAGGAGUGUUCAGCAGCUCUUAUCAGAAUAUCAUUGUUGAAUACAAUUUUUAGCUAGAUUUUAUGCUCUUAUCAUAAUAUCAUUGUCAAAAACAAUAUUUAGCUAUAUGUAAUGCUUUAUAAUAAUAUCAUUUUUUGUACAAUAUUUAGCUAGAUUUUUUGCUCUUAUCAGAAUAUCAUUGUUGAAAACAAUAUUGAGCUAGCUGUAAUGCUCUUAUCAUUGUUGAAUACAAUAUUUAGCCAGAUGUAAUGUUCUUAUCAAAACUAGCUAGUUGUAAUGUUCUUAUCAAAAUAUCAUUGUUGAAGACAAUAAUUAACUAGAUGUAAUGCUCUUUUAAGAAUAUAAUCAUUGAAUACAAAACUAAGCUAGAUGUAAUGCUCUUAUCAGAAUAUAAUUGUCAAAUACAAUAUUUAGCUAGAUGUCAUGCUUUUAUCAGAAUAUCUUGACUGAAUGCAAUAUUUAGCUAGAUGUAAUGCUCUUAUUAGAAUAUCAUUGUCAAAUACAAUAUUAAACUAGAUUUAAGGCUCUUACCAGAAUAUCAUUGUUGAAUACAAUAUUCAAUUUAAUGCUCUUAUCAGUAUAUGAUUGUUGAAUACAAUGUUUAGCUAGAUGUAAUGCUCUUAUCAGAAUAUCAUUGUUUAAGACAAUAUUUAGCUAGAUGUAAUGUUCUUAUUAGAAUAUCAUUGUCAAAUACAAUAUUUAACUAGAUUUAAGGCUCUUAACAGAAUAUCAUUGUUUAAUACAAUAUUUAGCUAGAGUUAAUGAUCUUAUCAGAAUAUCAUUGCUGAAUGCAAUAUUUAGCUAGAUUUAAUGCUCUUAUCGGAAUAUCAUUGUUGAUGGUCUUUACAUUCGAGUGUUAUUGUUAUAUAUGCAGAAUAAGUGUUGCUUUUCGUCUGGUGUGCCAUGCAACAUUAACUUUCAGCUAGUUAACACUCUAUUUAGGCCACAAUCAUCAUCCAAUAUUGAUGAAACUUAGGAAUAAGGUUUCUCUUGACAAUAGUUUAGAUAAGAUCAAAUCAGGUUGACUUGUAUGCAAUAACUAGGUCACCAGAUCAAAUUUUAGGAAAACCAUGUUACCACUCUAGAGGCCACAUUUAUUGCUCAAUCGUAAUGAAACUAUAGAUAGUCUUAUGACAAUAUGAGCCUAUUUCUGAGAAAGCUAAGCUUAAUGCAUGUGCGUAAAAUGUCAUCCCAGAUUAGCCUGUGCAGUCCGCACAGGCUAAUCUGGGAUGACACUUUCCGCCUAAACUUGAUUUUCGGUAAGGAGGGACUUCCUUCAAACUAAAAAUACCAUAAAAGCAGAAAGUGUCGUCCCUGAUUAGCCUGUGCGGACUGGACAGGCUAAACUGGGAGGACACUUUAGGCACAUGCAUUAAGCCCAGUUUUCUCAGAAUGUGGCUCAUAUCAAAACCACAUUUGAUUCUGGGUCAAGUGAGACCCAAAACAAGGUCACCAGGUCAAGUCUUCCACAGUUGUUGCGCAUUGAACUCAAGUGAGUGCUUGAGAGCCAUCAUGACAUUGUUUCUGUAUCACACUAAGCUACAACAUGUUAACCUGUACGGAAAUCACGUUAAUGUAAAUAGAGGUCCAAAAGUAGAGAACAUUCCUAUGUAUUUUUAUGAGUCCACCUCCUUAUAAUUAAAUAAUAACUUGCAUUAAAUGUGUAACCAUCAUAAGACAAUGUAUAGCGUGUAACACACCUCGCCAUACAUCAUAGGUCACGGUCACACUUAAAGUUCAAAGGACAAAUUUGGCCGUAAAAUAGCUUGACAAUUCCUGACUCAGCAAUAACAUUUCCUUUUAUUGAUGGAUUUUAAAAUCACUUGAAACAAAUGUAAACCAUCAUAAGAUGGAGUUGAUUAGAGGUUAAAGGUCAAAUGGGGCCAGACUGCAACUGUGACAUUGAUUAUGCAAUUUUAAAAUAACUUACAACAAAUGACUUACAUGAGGAGACACAUCAUGUGUUACACCAGGCUCUUUACUUCAAAGGUCAUGGUCACACUUUGAAGACAAAUUUGGGCAUAGAACAGCUUGAGAAAUAAGUAGAGUUUUUAACGGAAAGUGGAAUUAGAAGGCAUAUGUGUUCUAUGUACACUUGUCUUGUUGAAUUUAUAGUCUGUUUUUUUUUUAUGUGCUAUAUUAUGAUGCUUAAAGUCACAUAAAUACUCAACAUUCAUGAGAUCUAUGUGGUGCUUCCGAUGCUGCCCCAAGCCCAUCUUGCGUUCACUCAUAAAUGUUCGGAUAUCACAUUGAAUAUAUUGUCACACAAAAAAUUUAAAACAAGCUUUUUUGUAUUGCGUUUGAUCUAUGUUACCAGACCACAUCUAGCGUUGAAAUGUUGGCUUUUGCUAUUAGGAACACUGAUUAUUUUGUGUGUUAACUUUAUUUUCAAAAUAUUGUACAAAAUAUUCGUUUAUUUUAAGUAUUUAUGGGCUUAAAGCUAUUUCGAUGAUUGUAUAAAUAUUAUACAAAUAAUUAAGCCUUCAUUAUCUGUUCAAAAGAUUAUCUUCAUAUAUGUAUCGCACCUUUUGAAAUGGACAUUUUGUAAUCGUGUUAUUCUUAACUUUAUUUCUGGCAGCUUGUAAUUACAAUUGUACAUAUAUGUAUCUUUUGAAGGCCAUAGUUUGCUCCUAAUGGCCUGGUGAUAUAUGUCUAGUCAAAUAUGUGUAGUUCAUAUUGACUGGUUAGCUAGUUGUCAUUCGAAAUCCAUUCAUUUGAAUAUUUGAGCUCGCCUCUGAAAAAACCGUGUUUAAUGCAUGUACAAAUAGCGCCGUCCCAGAUUGAUCUGUGCAGUCAGGGAUGUUUCAAGGAAGUCUCUUCUUAGUGGAAUUGCAGUUUAGGCGACAAGUGUCAUCCCUGAUUAGACUGUGUGGACUGCACAGGCUAAUCAGGGACGACACUUUAGACAUGUGCAUUAAGCCUGGUUUACCCA